AUGGCUAAGACGAAGACGCUUAUCAUCUCAGGUCCGAUGAAUGCCAAACACGUCGGCGGCGUGAACGUACUGGGCAACAGCAGUUCAAAUCUCGACACCUACUUCCCUAGCACCUCGAUUGUACCGGAUGAGCGACCCUCACAUACUUUUGUUGCGAUUGGGAGGACUGAAGUACCGAGACGGUCAGAUACCGUGGCCGGCACGCUACGACGACCGAGCGUCUCCUUGACAAGAAGCCUCUCUAAGUUGAGGCGCAGCUCAACCUCGCAUCAUACUGAACUAGCUCGUGGAGCUGGCGAAAAUCAACAAGUGGAUAGUCAAAUAGGGAAAUCCGACAACGCAAGCAGGCCCUUGAGGGUGCAGUCGAGCAUGUCACGACUACGGCAGAGGGUCGGACUAGAUCGCGAACUAUACGAUACAGCGCCAACAUCGAAGACGCGCACUCCUGAACCACAACCCAUACCAGAGCUGGUGAGAAGAGAUUACCUGCCACUACAAGAUACAAGGGCACUGGCGCGUCUCACCACGACCUCUUCCAUCUACUCGACGACAGAUCUUGAUCUUCCCAAAACAGGGAUCACACGCAAACAACAGCCUGUCGUCGUUCAGCGACGACCUUCGCCUCUCGAGCGCCGGCCCCCAACUGCGAACGCGCAAACACCCGCGAGAUCGAAACGUGCAGACUCGGGUACCGCGAUAGACUUCGCCAAUAUACCUGUGCAGGAGCGACCGAUCCCCUUCAAGGAGAUAAUGGCAACUCCAACUCUUGCUGAGCGAAUGGCUAUGUACAAGAAGACGCGCGAGUACUGGGCGCAUGCUGACCAUGGUUUGAUAGCAUGGACGGAACGCGCCGCAGGGCCGAAGGUAGUCACUACCGGACUGUGA